AUGUCGACGUUGCACGAUACAUUUGGCAUCUCAGACCACUCACCGUCUCAUCUUUCAUCUCCGGAAUACGCUGUACAGAUUAUAGAACGCGAGAUCGCCUCGUUGUUGAACCAGAACGCAUCAGCAGCAUCUGCCGCACUCUUGAAUGCAGCAGCCCAGCAACGUCAGGCAAGUAUGGACCUAUCUCGCGGGAACUCCUUGAACUCGGCCCAGCCCGACACAGAUUCCAACAACGACCUGAAUCCAAGUCUCAGCAAUCUUGUCGCUGUUCUACAAGCGAUCCACGAGCGAGGCGGGGUUGAAGACGGUCGAGAGUCGGUGAAUAAAGAACCCCAAACCACACGCACUGCGCCAGCCUUUCAUUCGCUUACAGCAAGUGACACGCGUGACCAGCCUGGACCGAGCAAGAAGCGACGCGGCGAGCGUUCGGGCAACUCUGAAAAUACAGGAUAUCUCUUCUCAGAAGACGAACACGACAGCGACUCAGACACUCUCGGCGGAGCGGAUCGAGGUCGCUCAACUUCCCAUGAGCAUCAAACUCUCAGUGCUCCCUCCUCGGUUCCUAAUCCUAUCAGCGACCUCCCCCCUGUCACAGUGCCUGGCGAAUUCUCGGAUAUCAACGAUAUCUUGACUCAAUUCUCGGCAUUCGAUCCCGACGCGACGCACUCUCCAGCACAUGUUGAAUCGACUCCCGACGCGUCCCCUGUGAUACCCCAUACAAGAACAGUCGACAGAGACCUUUCGAUGUCGUCACAGCCUCCAUUGCCUGUAAUGUCAGCUGUACCCGUGUUGCUGCCCUCGAACAGGGUGGAGGCGCCGCAACCUACCGCUUCGACCUCCUUCAUUCCACCUGCACCUGUGCCUUACGACGCCAGCAAGAGACCAGCAACGAAGAGGCCCAGGGAAAGGGAAAAGGCGUCCAAUUCGCAUACAUGCGAUCACGAAAAUUGUAACAAAACCUUCACCCGUCGUAGCGACCUUGCUAGGCACAUGCGGAUACAUACUGGGGAGCGUCCCUUUGUCUGCACUUAUGCUGGUUGUGGGAAGACCUUCAUUCAGCGUUCUGCAUUGCAUGUACAUUCUCGUGUACACACUGGCGAGAAACCUCACUGUUGUGAAUACCCUGGCUGUGGCAAGACAUUUGGUGAUUCCAGUAGUCUAGCACGCCACCGCAGAACACAUACCGGCAAACGCCCUUACAAGUGUCAAGAACCGACUUGUGAGAAGACCUUUACUCGGAGGACUACUUUGACGACUCAUAUGCGAACCCACGACCCCAACUGGGAGCCGGAUCCCAAUGUUAAAUAUAACUUCAAAGGCAAGAAGCGGAAAUUGGACGACGAAGAUGACCUUGAAGAGUCUGUCCGUGCCAUUUCUGCUUUGCUGCAAGCUGGUAACGGGGCGGUAAGCUCAGGAAACGCACCCGACCCAGAGCUUCCCAUUGAAGCGCACGUCGCCAGCAUCAGUGCAGAAAUUGCUGCUGCCAUUGCCCAGGCUCGAUCGCGAGGGUUUCAGGGUCAAGAUGACGAUGAUGACGAUGACGAAGGGGGAGAAGAGUCGGGCUCGGGACAAGAAAUGGCAGUUCCGGAGACGAUUGGCCCGAACACGAGCGGGAUACGCGGUCUGGGUUCAGGGGACGUAGCGGCGGCAACUGGAACGGUUCCGGCGCCAACAGUGGCAAAAGAGGUAUUGCCUUUGACAAGCCAACAACCAGAACGCGACGAGGAUGAAGAAGACAGCGACGCCUUCCCUCGGCCUCUCCAUUCACGGAAGACUCGUGAAGGCCCUCUGAGUUCUGCUGGAACUAAACGCAAGCGGUAG